GCUUUUAUGUAGCUGUCAGUCAGCUUUGCGAAAUCACCAAAAAUCGCGGACAAUCUUCUCCGCGGUGUUCCUCCUGCCCUGGGGUUUUUGUGUGGCUUCCUCCUAUUACCGGUUCCAUUUCGCAAUCGUCUCGAGUGUGGUGAAACGUAAGCUAUAAGAAAUUCCUUGCCUGCCCGCCCUUCAAACAGCUGAGCAAUGCCCGGAAUGCUGGAGAAAUCGGCUGCGGAAGCUGAUAAACAUCUGAGCGAUAUUACGGCCAUCGUUUGCUUCCAGGAUCACGUAUUCACUUCCGGCGGAGACGGGAAGGUGAAGAUAUGGACCAAAGAGCUGACUUUGUCGAAAGAAAUUGCCGUUCACGAUGGAUGGAUUUAUGCGAUGGCCGCUGAUUCUCGCGGUCGGAUAUACACCAGCAGUAGCGAUGGUACGAUCCGCUGCCUGCCAAACCCGCUCCAAUCGGACGAAGUUAAAGAGCUGCUCAAAUGCGGCGAUGACAUCGAGUCGUUGUUUGUGGACACCAAAGACAACCUGUACAGUGGCGACGAUAAGGGCAUUGUGACCAUGUGGGUCGACCACCGGAUGAAGUUCAAGUUCAACCUGGUGGAAGAGGUACGGUCGCUGGUCAUCCAGAACAAUAUCAUCUACUCGAUCCGGGAAAACGAUCUGACCGUUACGGAGGUGCUGGAAGGAUCAGCCAACGGUCGGUACAUGACCAAGGCGAGCAUUCCCGGCCGGUGCCCGGUGACACUGUGUGGUAGCUGCACGAACGGAGUCAGUAGCAAUGCAGCCAUCGUGACUCGCGAUGGCCAUGGAAUAGUCUUCAUAAAAAAUAACGCCAAAGAACAGUAUCGGGUACUGUGGACCAAAGAGAAAGCCCACGACAUGAUCAUCAACUGCCUGCUGGGGACGAACGAUCACCUCUACUCGGCCGGUUACGACGGGUACGUCAAGAAGUGGUCCUGCUCGGAAAAGGAGCCGGAGCUGCUGGCCGAAGUGAACCUCGGAGCCGGUUGUCUGAACGCCCUCCAGCAACUGGCAGCGGAUAAUUCCACAGUGUACGUCGGAGGUAGCGAUGGAAUUUUGAAACUGGUGAAAUUUUCCUAAUGAAUCGAGAUACCUAGAGGUAAGUAGAAGCGAUAGGCAACUAGGUGGGAAAAUCGAAGAAGUGUAAAGUGCCAUCCAACCAAAAACUAUUAGGUGCACUAAGGAUGUUAUGUCCUUUGGGAAGCGAUCUUGCCGGAAAUUUUUACGAGAAUGAGUUACGGUCGUUACGGCAGUGGUUGAACCACACUGUUGGAAGACGUCUCUGAUCAAUAUUGGGUUUUCGUUAGUUUUUUUUUGUUAGUUUAGAAUCGUACACCAAAGUCAACAUUUGUUUUCUAUAAUUUUAUUUUUGGUAGGUACAUCGGUGCCUCUAUCGAGUUAGUAUUUCAUAAAAAAGAAGGGAAAUUAAAUCUCGAAAUGUAUAAGUGA